GCGGGCCGGGCCGCACCGGCCUCCGGAUGGAGGCGGCGGAGGAGACGCGGCGGCGCAAGCUGGAGGCCGGCAGGGCCAAGUUUGCUCACUUCAGACAGCGAAAAGCAAAGAGCGACGUCGCGCAGCCGCAGAAAAAGGCGGCGCAGAGGAAGGGCUCGGCUGUCCACCCGCAUGACGUUCCGGAGGAAGAGCACCCAGUAGCAGCCAGAGGUGUUGGCAAGGGCGUAGAGAGUAAGGCUGAAGACACCAACCUACUAGAGGCGACAACAGAGGGAAAUGCUGAUUUGUCCAGCUGGGACGCACUGAACGAUCAUGCAACUGAAAAAUACAGGAUAAAUUCUACUGCAGAAUACAGCGAGGCUGAUGCUAAGAUGUGUCAGGCAAGGAUAGCUGAGCUGGAGAACAGACUUCUGGAGAAACAGGAGGCAGUGGAAAAACUCACUGCACAGAUAGAUGAACUGCAGGACCAACUCACACAGCACAAAGACUCUGUGCAGCUUCAGGAAACUACUUUUCAAGAGCAGAAUGAAAUCAUCAGGAAGCUCACGAGCUGCCUUCAGCAGGCCAAGGAAGACCGGGAUGACCUGCAGGAAGAGGCUUUGCGCGUUGCCGGUCAGGUCCACGAUUUACAGCUGCAGUUACAUCAGGUUAACCAGAUGCUGAGGAGUAAAAGUCUCAGGAAAAACGAAGGAUUGGAAGCCCAGCAGCAAAUGUCCUUGUUCCAGGAUCGUCUCAGAGAGCAAAAUGCCCACUUGGAGAUGCUGCGCCAGAAAGCACAUGACCUGGAAGUACAGUUGGAGUCUUCUCAAAAGAAUACCGAAGAUAAAGAAAAUCUCCUUGCCCAAAUGGAAGAGGAUAUGAAAGGUACAAUGCAAGAGCUAUACAAAAGCAUAGAUGAAAAAGAGCAGUGCAUUAAAAGUCUUCAGGAUCUGCUGGCAACAGAAAGAUUUGGCUUGUCUGUACUACAACAAACACUUUCUCUCCGGGACUCAGAAAUAACAGAGUUAAAGAAUGAAAUAGCUUUAUCCAAAGUGAAAGAACAGCAACAUAUUGAAGAACUGAAAACCAUUCAUGAGAAGGAUAUUUGCAGACAGUUGGGUAACUUGAGGAAUGAGCUGGAGAAGUGCUACAGAAGAGAGACUGCAGUAGCCAAGCAGGCAUAUGAAGAAGAAAUUAUUUUAAAAUACAAGAAUGAGCUUGAACAGUUAAAAAAAGAACUCUAUGCUUUGAAUUCUGAAGAACACGUUCAGAAUUUGAAUGGCAUAAUAAUUGACUUAAAUAUUAGUCUUCAGGAGUCUGAAAUUAAUAACGAAAAUUUGAGGAAGAGACUUGAAAACCAAGAAGAGGACUUUCAGAGAGAGAAAUCUGAAAUUGAGACUAAAUACAAGGAUUUAAUUGAUGGCCUUAAGUGUCAACUUUCUGAUGCAGAAGAGCAGGCUAAGGAAGCCCAACGAUAUAAACAAGAAAAAGAGUCCUUGAAUGAAGAGAUUCAGAAACUGAAUUCUUUCAUCCAGGAAUUAAAUGAAAAGCGACUUUAUGAGGCUGAAAAAAGUAUAGAUGCAGGGCAAAAGCGCGAUGGAGAGAUUGUCUCCAAUAAAAAGCUAAUGAAAUUGAGGGAAAACCCAAUUUUAUCAGGGGUGUCAGAGUUGCAGGUAGCAGGGCUUGAGGAGAUGUGGGACAAACCACAGCAGUUGGAAGGUGGAGAUGAGCCAGUGCACAAAGAACUGGAGUCCCAGCGUGAAUCCUCAAGGGAUCAGUUAGAAGAGAUUAAGAAUUCAGAGAUCACAGAGAAUAAUGAAAGUAGCAAAGGAGAUAACCUGUCUGAAGGACACUUGUCAGAACUGGGGCUCUUCAGUGGUGAUGAAGGCAUGUUGGCUAAAUAUCUGAUUUCCACGGGAACACCAGAAGACUCCUAUGCAUCCAGCACUUCAGAAGGUCAUGCCAUCGAGGAGGGUAGAUGCAGUACGUAUGGGCUAGACAACAGUGUGCUUCCAGAACCCAGCACAGGUUUUAUAUCUCCUCCAUUGAACUCUAGCCUUGAUGAGGGAACAUGUCCUAGUGCCUUGGCUCAAGAAGCUUUUGAAGAGGUGGGAGCAGAGGCGUUUGUUUCGUUUGUGCCAGAUAAUCGCCUGCAGGAAAACAAACUAAGAGACCACGGUGACGUAAAGGAUGGUGAGACAGUGUGUUCAGCAGAGAGGUGUGUGAAGCUAAUUGAGCAGCUCCAUCAGACGGAGUCAGCCUUGAAGAUAGCUUAUCAGGACACCCAAGAAGCUGUUGGAAAAUGGGAAAAAGCAAUGUCUGAGCUCUCUCAUAUGCAGGCAGAACUGGAGGAAGAACAUGCAGCGCGGAUCUGUUGUGAAAAACAACUUCUGGAAAAAAUGGAGAAGGAGAAAGAACUUGAAAAUAAACUCAUGUUUCUAGUAAAGCAGCAGGGUGAGGGUGGAGGCCAGCCUCACUGUGCUGUAGAGUCCCUGGCACAAGUGUCAAAACCCUCUAUCUGGCAAGAAAUGGUGAAGGACCUCCAAGAGGAAAGAGAAAUGUUGAUGAUGCAGCUGCGAGCUCAGGAGCAAUUAGUGAAAGACGUUCAAGAGCAGAAAACGGCUUCUGAUUCUGUGACAAGCGAAGUGCAGUCUCUCUUUGGCCGUCAGUUGGCUGCUUUGCAAAGUCAAAGGGAUCAGAUGCAAAGCCAGCUUGAUGCGCAGAAGGCUAAAAACCAGAGAAUAGCAGAGCUGCUCGGGCAGAAAACUGUAUCUGAGGAGACGUUGCUAAAAGAACAGGAGUUGCUCAAAGCUGAGAUCAAUAAUAAAGAACAAAAUUUAGCACUUUUAUUGAAGGAAAAAACAGCCUUAGGAGAAAGAUUGUCUGCCGUGGAGGAGGAUUUGGUGAAAGCAGAAAAAACACUUGCGGAGAAUGCUGGCAUCAUUGAGGACCUUGAGAAAAACAUACAUGACCUUAAUGCUGAAAUGAAAAACCUCAGAGAACUACAGGAAUGUGAAAGACUGGGCUAUGAGGACAGGUUAAACCUUUGCAACCAAGAAAUUCAUAAACUUACUGCUGAAAUAAAGGAAAAGAGUGCUGAAUACAGUGAGGAAAAGAGCCAGUUGACUGAAGAAAUUGCCCAUUUGAAAGAGGCUCAUUUGAAUCUCGAGGCUCGCUUGCGGGAAUCCUUUCAGGCUGCAGAAGCUGCACAGGAGGCUCAAUCCAAGGUGGAGAAACAUUACAAAGAGGAAAUGGAUAAAAUGGCCACUCAGCACCUUGCUGAAUUAACUGAAGUGAGUUUGACACACAAGAGAGAGAUAGAAGAGUUAAAUGCUGAAAUAAAAGAUAAAGUGGAAAAACAGGAGAAGCUGGAAGAAAAAAGAAAGGAAGAGAUUGCUGUAAUAAAAAAGGUACAUGAACGAGAGCACGAUCGUGAAAUCUCUGAACUGGCUGCUAAACACGAAGAGGAAAUGGAGAAACUCCGUGCUGAACUGAAGGAAGAGCAGAAGCACCUGUUGGAUGAACUUCGGCAGCAAAUGGCAGCCACACACAAAGCAGAGCAGGAGCAAGCUCAGCUCCAGUCCCAGACACUGCACAGCCUUGAACUGGAAGCUUUACGCCUGACCUUAAACAAUAUGCACACUUCCCAGCUGGAGCUUACGCAGGCAAACCUGAGGAAAGAGAAGGAGACUGCCCUCGUGGAGCUGCGGGAGAUGCUCAACGACAAACGUGCGCAGGAGGUGGCGAUCCUGCAAAGCCGCCAUCAGCUGGAGUGGGAGAAGAUCAGAGAACAAUGUCUGAAGGAAAAAGAAGACCUGAAGUCAAAGCAUCAGCAAGAACUAGUUGACCAGAGAAAGAAAAUAGAAUUGGAAAUGGAAGAGGCACAUCUCCAGGCAUUAGAGAUCCUCAAAAGAGCCUGGGAAUUAGAGUCUGACACACGUUUAAAAAACAUGUGUGAAGAGCUAUGUGAAAAACAUCAGACCGAGAUGAUGGAACUGCAGAAAUCUCUGGAAAUGGAUUUAGAAAAAGUCAGAGCAGAGCUGGGGCUUCUUUCUGUUGAGAAUGAACAGUCUAAAAUAAAAUGUAUAGAACUGGAGAGGCAACACCAGUUAGCCAUUACAAAAUUACGAGAACAGCUGCAGGCUGAGCAUAACCAUGUCCUAGAAGAGAUGAAGAUGAAAAGCCAAGAAAAAGAACAGAAUCUUCAGAAGGAGCUGGACCAACUUCAGGUCAAGCAUGAACAACUCCAGGCUCAGUCACAAGAAGAAAUCCGGCAGCUUUGGUCUCAGCUCGACAGUACCCGAGCGAACCGACAGGAGCUAAGUGAUGGUGAGACCAGAAUGCAGGCCUGUGGUCCAGAGCUAAAAGAGCAGCUCCUGGCUCGUGCAUCACAGGUAAAGGAAAUAGAGCGUUUAAAACAAGAGUUUGAACAGCAGCGUCAGCAAAGAAACAACGAGCAUGAAGCUCAACUGGAACAACUGAGGCUUUAUUUUGAGGAGAAGUUAAGAGUUGCUGAAGAAAACUACAGAGAAGAAUUGACUUUGUUGCAUCAGAGACUGCAAGAACUGAAGGACUAUUCACUGUCGGAGUUGGAAAUGAGUCAAGAUCAAGCAGGGGACAUCAGUUCUUCAGUCACAGUGUUUGAAGAUACUGCUGACAAAGAGAGAAGAGUUGCACUUGAUCAGCUAAAUCAACAUCAGGAAGAACUUACCUGUCUGCAGCAACAACUUAAAGAACAACACAGGCAUGAAUUAGAUUCCUUAAGAUCCUCCCUUACACUUCAGUAUAAAGAGGACCUGAUGAAAAUGAAGAUGGAUCUGUCAGACAAAUGCAUGACAGAAAUUGAGGCAAUGAAGAGAAAGCAUUGUUUAGAACUUGAGCAGCUCCGUGCCCAGCUUUCAGAAGAACAUUUUAAAGAGAUCACCAAACUGCGUCUCCAGAGUGCUCAUGAUGCAGCAUGUCAGGUUGAAAUGGAGGUGGCUGAGCGAGUGUCUGUGCUGGAGGAGGAGCACAAAGCCAAGCUCUCUCUCCUCAGCUCUGAGAAACAGCGCAUUGCAGAGCUUUCAGAGGAAAUAAAGCGCUUAAAGGAAGAGAUUGUAAAGCAGAAAGAUUUUUCUGAGCAGAAUGAGAAGCAUCUGAAAGAAGAAAUGGAAAAGGUGAAAUACGAAAUUGGUGAGGAUCACAAGAAUAAGUUAAGAGAAGCCAGAGAAGAAGUCCAGAAAAUAGAGACUAUGUACAGAGAAAAAGAGAAGAAGUGGCAAUGCGAAAGUGAGGCCCAGAGAAUCCAAGCAGAAGAGAAGUUAUCGCUGCUGCGCGUCGAGCUGCAAAACAGAGCAGAAUCUGAGAGGCAGAGUUUGCAAAGAGAGUUUGAACUUCGUGAAGCUGAAAUGAAUCAACUUCGAGAUCGCCAAGCUGCCAGAAUUCUGGAGCUGGAGAAGCUGGUGAAGGAGCAGCAGAACAACUUGCAGCAGCUGGAGGACAGCCUUGUGAGCGCGCAGGCUGCGCAGAAAGCCCAGCAGCAGCACGAGGCCGACCUGCAGGCAGCCAAAGCCCUCAUGGCAGAGGAAAUGGAAAAGGCCACGCUGUGUCUGCAGGAAGAAUGUGCACUGAAACUUAUGGAAGCACAAAACAAGUUUAUGGAGGAACACAAAGCUAUGACUCAGAAAUUCACAACUGAGCAAGAGAUUCUUCUCCAAGAGCUGAAAAAGAAACAUGUGGAUGAGCUGGAACUCCAAAGUCAGCACCUACAGGAAAAGCAUAAGCAGCAAAUUUUGUCUCUGACAGCUGAUUUUCAAACAAAACACCAAGCUGAAAUUGAGGCUCUUAAAUCUACACUGGAAAGUAAACAGCAGAUUCAGCUUGAAGGUUGUGUUGCUGAACUACAGACAAAGCAUCAGGCCCAAAUUGAUGAGUUGGAGGCUAAGCACUUAUCAAAUCUGGAUUCCUUGGAGUCGUCCUACCUGUGUGAAAUUCAGAAUAUAAGAGAUGAACAUAGUCAGACUUUGGAGAAGCUGCAGCUGCAGCACAUGGAACAGCUCCAAGAACAGGAUAAACUGCAUCAAGCACACCUGGUCCAGGAGAUUGAGAUGCUGAAUUUAAAGCAUGCUGAAGAACUUCAGCUUUCCCAGAAUAAUUUGAAAAUUGAGCUAGCUACUGUUCAUAUGGAAAAGCUUAAAGCCAUGGCUGUUGAAGCAGAAGAAGCUCAUAAGGAUGAUUUGAACAUAGCUCUUCAAAAUCAGAGGCAGUUGCUGGAAGAAGAAAAACGUCUGGCUCUGGAUCUGUUGCGUGAGGAAGUAUUGCACAUGGAGGAAAAGCACAGAAAGGCACUCCAAGAGCUUCAGGAUCUUCAUGAGGCAGAAAUUAGGAAACAUAAGGAGGAGUACUCCAGGGAGCUGGAAGGAGAAUUGGGGAAACUAAAAGCACAGCAUGAACAUGAGCAAGAGCUGUAUGCUUCUGCAUCGGCCUCUGAAGUAGAAUCUGUGAGGAAAGCUCUUCUGGCUCAGUUUGAAGAGGUAAAAUUGAAGCAGCAGCUUCAGUUCCAGGAGGAGAUUGAGCUGUUGAAGUGUCAGUCGGAAGUGCUGCUGGAACAGCAGAUUGCACAGCUGAAGGAUGAAUUUGAAGCUGAAAAAAAGGCAUCACUACAUGACAAGGAGCAGAUGUUGAUUCAGGAGAGGGAGGAGGCACAGGCUGCUCACCAAAAGGAGCAAGAGAUGUUAUCAGUCCAGCUGCAGGAAAAGACAGCAGUAAUUAUCCAGCUGGAGAAGAAAGUGGAGUCUUUAAAGCAUGAAAUAGAGGAGACCAACUCUGAACUGGAGACACUCCUUCAGCAGCAGGACAGGGAAAACCAAGAAGGAGGGAAUUUGGUAGCCUUGUUGAGAUCUGAUAUUGAGCAAUCCAAGGAGGAAAGGGAAAAACUGCGCGAAUCUUAUCAGCAGGUUUUGAAGUUGCUUAUGGAACUGGUGAAGGCCACAAUAGCUAUUGAGGACCUUAUCUGUAGCAAGAUUGGUCUUUGUCUUGAUGACAGCCUGGCUUCUGGAGAUUCUAGAGAAGCUCACGCUAUUGUGGAAGAAAUGGGAUUUAUGCGAUAUUUCAAAGCCAGAGAAAACCAUCUAGAGAAAGCUUGCUUGUUUUCAGUAGAGGAGCUGCUUGAUGAAACUCUCACAGAACACAACCAGCUGUCUCCAGGGGCUGACGAGGGGUCUGAGUUGAGCCAAUACUUAUGUGAAAGUGUUUUUGCAAAGCCAGAAUUGGCAUGUGAAAAUGAAGAAAUGAUACUGAAAAUUUGUCAUCGUUUGCGCACUGCAGUGGAGAGACUUCUGGAGCUGGUUACAGAGUCAACUAAACAACUGGAGAAAAUGCAUGAAAACCACGCACAGUUUGAAGAGGAGUUCAGCCGCCGAAAUCAGGAGACUGCCCAGGUGGUGAGUCAGCACCAGGAGCUGAUGGAGUGCCUCAGCGAGGAGAGCGAGGCCAAGAACCAGCUGGCACUAGAGCUUCAUAAAGCAGAGGGCAUUAUUGAAGGCUACGUCGCAGAAAAAGCUGCAUUAGAAGAGGCCUUGAACCUGAAAGAGGAGUCUGAGCGUCGCCUUGUUGUGGAGCUGGAAAACAUGCGGGAACGCUUCCAGGAGCUGACCCAGGAGCAGGCAAUUCUUGGUCUACUCAAGGAAGUAGAAUUUUUAUCAAAGGAGAAAUUAGAGCUUCAGUGUCAGGCAGAAAAGGACCAUUCCAACUUACGCUCUCAAAUGAAGGUUUUGGAGGUGGAACUGGAAGAACAGCUGCACAGUAACCAGGACCUGGCUACACAGUUACUGGAGGUUGCUGAAUUAAAACAGCAAAUUCAAGUUCUUGAAAAACAGCUUAAAAACCAGCGGCAGUUCAUGGACGAACAAGCUAUAGAAAGGGAACAUGAACGCGAUGAUUUUCAGCAGGAGAUUCAGAAACUGGAAGAACAGUUAAAACUGUCAGCAAAAUCACAGACUUCAGGACAGCCCAGAGAAUACAGUAACUAUGAAUUGAUUCUACAGGUAGAAUCUUUGCAAGCAGAACUAAAGGAGAAGAUGGAUGAUUACAAUAAGCUGUUAUUAGAAAAGGAGCGAAAACACCAGGAAAUUACAGCUCGUGAUAAAGAGAUAGAAAAACUGGUGGCACAGAUCCAAGAGCUGAAGUGCAGUGGUGCUGAGGUCUCCAAUACUGUACAUUCAUUGGAAAAACAGCUGCAGAAAAUGAAGAAAGUGGAAACUGAACUGAAACAAGAUAAAGAGGCAUUGCAACAACAGCAGUACAAUAACCUGAUCCAGAUCUCUGCUCUGCAGUCUAAGCUGGAUGAAGCAAGGCACCGAGUGCCAGUGGAUGGCAGUUCUGCCCCUGUGCUGAAGGAGCAGCUACAGGCAGAGCAGGAAGCACUUCAGGCCAAGGAGAGAGAGAUUGCAAGCUUGCUAGACCAACUACACCAAUAUAAAGAUAACUUGAGCAGCAAAAACGAGGAGAUAUUGCAGCUGAACUUGCAGUUAGAGAUACAAAAAAACCUUAGCACUUCCAGCAUCAGCCAGCUUCAGGUAGAGAAUGCACACUUGAAGGAGGAUCUAACAAAACUUCAUGUGAAGCAAAGUCAGAACCUGGGUAUUAAUGAUUCCUCAGCUUUGUCAUUCCCACAAGCACUACUUAAAGAAAAGAAUCAAGAAAUCGAUCACUUGAAUGAGCAGAUGAAGAGACUCCAGCUCGAGCUACAGAAUGCUCUGGAGAAUAAAGUUGUGGAAGACCAAAAAUCUGAAAUUGAAGAACUCAAAUCACUGGUCGAGCACCUUCGCGUUGACCAGGAGAGGCUGCGUAAGGACAAGGAUGAAGAGGUAGAGCAACUCCAUGGAGUAAUUGAGAAGCUUCAAAAAGAACUGGCACAGUUUGGACCAGUUUGUCAUGAAGAUAGUGACAACCAAGAUGACUUCUAUCAGGUUGCAUUGGGAAAGCCAGUGGAAAACCUUCAGAAUGAGUUGAAGAAGGGACUGGUGGAUUGUCAGGAUGAUCCUGAUCCAAACAGAAGCAGUGCAUCACUACUCUCCAAAGUGAGAGAACUUCAGGAGGAACUGGAGCUUGUCUCAGCUGCUAGACAAACUCUGCAGCAGCAACUGGAAGAGAAGGAACUGCAGUUCAAAAUGGAAGUGGAAAUUCUGGAGAAAAAAUGCCAACAGUUGCGAGAGUCAUCAGAGCAGUAUGUUGCAGAGCUAGCCUCUCUGAGAAUCCAGCACGAGGCGCUUCAGGAAGAAUACAGCCUUUCCCAAACACGUUUGUCUCAGAGAGAGGUUGAAACAAAGAUAACUGAAUCUCGAGUUCAAGAACUUGAAGAUACCGUGAGAGAAAAGGAAGCAAAUAUUCUAGAGAAGGAGAUGCAGAUUAAGACAAUGGCGGAUCAAAGAGAAGCUGACACCACUGAGCUGCAGUAUUUAACAGAAAAGGCAGCAGAGCUACAAACUGAGUUGGAAAAGAAAGAUGCAAGUCAGGCACAAGAUGUUUAUAGUCUUCAAUUAGAAGUUUCUAGACUGGAUUUCCAGGUGCAAGCACUGAAUCAGAAAGAAGUAGCUUAUUUGAGAGAAAUCAAGGAACUACAAGGUAGCACUGCAAAACUGAAAGAUCAAAUCAAGGCCCAUUUGAAAGAGCUUGAAGCCUUACGAUCGGAAAGAGCUGAAGUUUCCCAGUUGGAGUCACACCAGCUAAAGGAGCAACUAGGUCACAAAGGGACUAACUUUCUCAAGCCAUUCUGCCAGAGAGAAAGAAAAGGAGUAGUCCUUAAAAAGGGAAUGGAGGAAUUAGAAGAACUGGAAGCAAAUAAUGAUCAGUCAUUCCCAGUACUGGCUUCCCCUACUGCUAAACUGGAAAAAGAUGAAGUUCUGUUUGACUUGACAACUCACAGCACAGAUCCAAAAGCUCAGAUUAAGCAAUCACAAGAAAACAUCUUGCUUCAGGAGUUGGACGUGAUCUACAGCUCUGAAGAGGAUCAAGAUUUGAAAAAGCAUUGCCAGCAAAUGCUGGAAAUUCAUCAAACGCCUGACUCUCCAAAGCACAAUUUGGACACAGACAAAGACAUUUCAAAAGACUUUCAGAAUUUAGUUGCAAGUAUGUGUUCCUGGGGCUCGCCUGAAAUCAUGAGAAAACAAGAUUCAAGCAUGGAACUUCAACCAGUGCUUCACCUGACGCCCUUUUCAGAGGUUGAAAACACGAAUUUUGAAAUUAUGCACACAAGGUCAUCCCUGCAAGGAGAUAAUUCUGUGUCACUGGGAUAUUCUAGGCUGGCUGACAAUGGUAGUGGGGAUGCAGGGGUGGGAGUAGACAGAAAAUCUCCAGCUUUCUCUGAAAGCACCUAUUCUGUCGAUGAUGACGAAGACAUGCGGAAGAAGAUUUUGCAGAUGAGAGAGGCUGAUAAUCUGACUUUAACCCCUUCUGAUUUACAAGAUGAUGUAAGAUCAAGAGCAUCUGUGAUGAGCAGUGGAUGUGGCAGCAGCGUGGGGGGGUUGUCUGUUCCUUCAGAUACCAGCUCAAGUUUGGCAGCUAAACUAAAGCAGGAGCUCCAAACAUCAGACCACCUAGAUGCCAGUGUCAUGGCUUAUCUGCGGUACCGUGGAGCAUUCCCAGAUAUUAUGGAAUCAAUGAAAGAGAAGGAAGUACUUUCACCACAGCUGAAGGCUGUGCUGAAGAUGGUAUACGAGGAGAGCCGCAAAAUAUUGGCUUUGUCAGAACAUCCCUUUGGUUUCAGGGAGCUGAAGGACGUUCCUCAGACCCAAGCGGCGGUGGAGGGCUGGCAGAAGGAGGGCUUAGCCCUGCUGGAUGCUAUACAGUCCCUGAGGGAUUACCUUGGCAAGGUGGCAGAGAGAGGAGACAAGGAAACUUCAGGUGUUGCUGCUGACUGGAGAGGAGAGCUUCUGCAAGCAGUACAGAGCGUGUUUGAGAAGGAGAGAAGCGUGUUGCAAAUUGAUUUGAAGUCUCACUUCUCCAAUCCUGCAUCUGGUGAUGCAGGUUCAUUAAUGGAAAAACUGGAGUAUAUAAUGAAACAGCAAGAGGAGCAGAGGCAGAUGGUUGUAGAGCACCUUUUCUCCUCGGACCGGAAUAGCUUGCUCUCGGAAAUCCAGGACCUCCGAGCUCAGCUCCGCAUGACACACCUGCAGAACCAGGAGAAGCUCCAGCAGCUACAGGAAACUCUCACCAAUGCAGAAGAUCACGGGAACAAACAGGAGCACCACCUUCGGAGGAAAGUUGAAUUAUUGGAAUAUAAGCUUCAGCAGGAAAAAUCUAUUGUAAGUGACUUGCAGAGCACUCUCUCCGAAGAGCAGAAAAGAGCCUCUGGAACAUGUGAUCUCCUGAACCAAGAAAAAGCAGCCCUGAAAUCAGCACUUCAUGAAAGUAAGCAAGAGAAUGAAAGGUUGCAGAAAUCCCUGGAAGAGCUUCAGAGGGAAAUAAAUCAGUUACGUUUUGAACUGGAAAAGAAAGGAAAGGAUUUGGCAGCUGCACUUGGAGACUUGCAGGCUGAACAGCUGAAGGAAUCUGAGCUCCGAGGUUGGUUUGAGGAACAACAGCGUCAGCACAGGAAAGCAGAGGAUGAAAAGACAAAGGCUCUGGAGGAGCUGCAGGCUGCCCUGGACGUGCAGGCGGUGCAGAAUCGGCAGCUGGCCGUGUCCUUGGAGCACGAGAAAACAGUGACCGAUAAUCUCCGCAAGGAGCUGCAGAUCGAGCACUCCCGCUGCGAAGCGCUGCUGUCCCAGGAACAGACCAAACUCCGGGAGCUACAGAAAAACUUGGAUGCUGAGAAGAACCGUUCAUUGGAGCUCCUGGAUUCCCUGAACCACGAACGUGUUCUGACAGAGCAGCUGAGCAUGAGAGUGAAAGAAGGUGCUUCCUGUCAGCACAGGGAGCUGCUGCUGGAACAAGCCUUCGUCCAAGAGCUCCGAGCCCAGCUGGAAGAAGAGAGGUCCCGGACUGUGGAGCUAGCUGCUCUUAUUGAGAAGAUGCACCAGAAGGCCAUUCAGUCCAAAAGGCAGCUGGAGGCUGAGGUACAGAUGUGCUGUGAGGAAACCCAGAAGGAGAGGGAGGUCAGCGACAAACUGCGAGCCACGCUGGAGUCUCUUCAGGCUCAAAAGCAAGAGGUGAUCCGUUCCUUGGAGGCCCAGAAGGAAAGAGAGGCCAAGAUGAAAGCUGACUGGGAACAACUGCAGUCGCUCUUCAAGAUGCUGAAAGAGCAAGACAAGCAUAAGAAAGAGGAGAGGGAGAGAGAGUGGAGACAGCAGCAACAGACAGAGCUAGAGAAACAGAAGGACUGGCAGAGAGAUCAGGAGAGAAUGCAAAACUUGGAACGGCAGCACCAGAGGGAUGAACAAAGAAUUAAAGAACUGCAGAAAAUGCUGGCAGUAUUAGAAGAAAAAGAAAGAAAUCCUCCAACUCCAAACUGUCAGCAAGAGCUGUUGUGUACCUCAAACAAAGAUGGGAAUGCCAGACAGGCUGUGACAAAAGAAACUGGAAAACCCCAUUUGCAGCAGCAGCAACAGCUGGAGAAGAUAAGGCAGCAGUUGCUCUUUGUAGCUGUGCAUCUGAACGAGUUCAUCUAUAAAACUCUAGAUAAAACGGUUCACGAUUGGUCUGCAUCAAAUGAUGAAGCUGUGGCCUCUUUACUACAGACCUUAAGGGAACUAAAAUCAGAUUUAUUGUCUCCUGCAUCUCAGAUCAGAUCUGCAGGUGAUGGUGACUCUGUUCAAGAGCUGGAAAGGGAGGCUUGGCAGCGAGAGAGGAACGUACUGCAGAACGCACUGAAACAGGCUGAAUCCCAACUGGCAAAAGCAAAUGCUGAGAUUGAAAACAAACCAGUGGUAGAAACUUCCAAUCCUAAGUUACAGAGAUUAUACAGGAAGUACAUUCGAGCAGAGAGCUUUAGAAAGGCUCUGGUUUAUCAGAAGAAAUACCUCUUGCUGCUUCUGGGUGGAUUUCAGGACUGUGAGCAGGCAACCCUCUCUCUCAUCGCCCGUAUGGGGAUCUACCCCUCGCCUGCAGACCUGCAGCUCUCUGGGUCCCGGUCCCGGCCUUUCACCAAGUUCAGGUGUGCGGUCAGGGCCAUCAUCGCCAUAUCAAGGUUAAAGUUUUUGGUGAAAAAGUGGAACAAAGUCAGCAGGAAGAGCGCACAGGGUGAAAGCAUUUCUCACAGUGUAGGAGGUAACACAGCCUCUGGUGCUAGAACAGAAGUUCUGAAAGAGCAGCAGCCCCCGGCUGUUCCCAUCAGCUCUCCCCCUACCCGGGACAGGGACAUGGGGCUGUGCCACAGAACCAGCAUUGCAAGAUUUGGGAGCCUCUCCCCCCGAUCCUCUUCCCACUCGCACAACAGAUUGCAUCCGUCCCCAAGUUCAGCUUCAGAAAAGUCACUUGUGUCACCUCACGAUCCCGAACGAUCACUCACAGAAUACAUCCAUCGCCUGGAGGUUAUCCAGCAAAGACUGGGGGGGAUGCAGCCAGGACAAGUGCCAGGCUCUCCUCGUCAGAGAAGCAUGAAGAAGUGAUGGGAACGCUUAUGAAAUCUGUCCUGGGAGUUACUGCUUCCUUCUGAGCUGGUCCUUACUGAACAGAGGCACUUGCAAUCAAUCUCCUGUGCAACUGAAUAAAGGGCAGUGCUUUUACAGCAGAUUUUUAUAUGACUCUUUUUAUUAUAUUUUAGUACUUAAGAGGGACUUUUCUCUGAGAAUGAUGUUUUACAUUCUCAUGUAAAAUUACUAUAAGUUAACAGCUGAAGUGUGACUGCAUCACUGUCUUGUAAGCUGCAAAAAGUCUCUGUGGUGUUUAUUUUUCUAGAGUGUAUAGAUGGAUUCCUUGUAAAAAAAGUUAUUAAAAUGGCAUUUCAUUAGUGAAUUCUUA